CAUUCCGCGACCAUCGGCAGCCUCAGGACGUGUGGUGCUAUGGCUUCCUCCGGGGUGGCGGGUGGGAGACAGGCCGAAGAUACGCUACAGCCACCGCCCGAGCUGCUGCCGGAGUCCAAGCCGCCGCCACCGCCCCAGCCUCUGCCGGUCGCCGCGCUCCCGCCACCGGCGGCUCCGCGGCCUCAGUCCCCCGCUGGCGCGAAGGAGGAGAAUUACUCCUUUUUGCCGUUGGUUCACAAUGUCAUCAAAUGCAUGGACAAGGACAGCCCAGAUCUCCACCAGGACCUGAACGCCCUCAAAACAAAGUUCCAGGAGAUGCGGAAGCUCAUAGGCACCAUGCCCGGCAUCCAUGUGAGCCCUGAGCAGCAGCAGCAGCAGCUACACAGCCUCCGAGAGCAAGUCAGGACCAAGAGUGAGCUUCUGCAGAAGUACAAGAGCCUCUGCAUGUUUGAGAUCCCCAAGGAGUAGGGCCAGCUCCCAGGGAAGCUGUGGUGGCCAGCUCCAAACUGUGAGGCCACCUGUGGCUGGCGUGGGCCUCAGUGACUAUACUCAGCCUUGACUAUGCCCCGGGCCCAUCAACACAUCUACAAGGCACAGAGGGGGAGGAAGUAGCUGUUCCCUUCUUUCCCUCAGCUCCUCCCACUCCCGAUAGCAUCAGCAUGGUAUCCGGUACAUACUGUUCCCAUUAACAGCAGUUUCAUGAAGCAUUUGCAUAGAAUUCACGAGGUAAAUUAGGCCUGCACUCAGAUGGCAUGGAUUUAUUAUAAUUAAAGCAGGCUGUGAGAGUAUGAACAUUGUUUUGAAAGGCCAGAGGGUGGGUGGCUUCUCCCUGAAAACAGUUCACUUCCUUUUUUAUUUGAACUAUUGAAUGAAACUAUAUCUCUGGGGGUGUCAGUCCAGAGCUCCACGAACCAGCCACCGACUCGGUUCCCAGCCUCCUGCAUGCUAGCCUUAUAGGUUCUUGCUCCCUUUAUCUCCAUCACUUCAGGCAGUGCUCAGAAUAGCCAAAGCACUGCUUGCCUGGGGCCCUUUGUCCUUCCCACACUGGCUCAAAGAAGCUGUUAGGCAAGCGGCUCUGCCCUGAUUCGUAUGCCCUGGCUCGUAUGCCCUGGCCUACCUCGUCAUCUCCACUCUAGCCAAGAAGUCACAUUUGCUACCCUGCACAUGGUCCCUGCACACUUCUGGUUUAGGGCAAAGUAGCUGGCAGGAGCAAUUGGGGCAGUUUCUUAGCCAGGGGUAUAUGUGGUUUGAAGGGCAUGGGGAGCUAAGUCUGGAGGUCCCAUAGCUGUGUUCUACUUGUAGUGUGUGCCCAGCGAUUUCCAGGUAGGACACUGUGUUCUCUCAGGGACUGUUACACUGAGGGCACCAUGGCCCCUUCUCAGGAGGAAGGUGAGAAGUACCCAGUAUUGUUUGGAUCUUGAAAUGGGCACAGCCUGGGCUGACCAGCUUAGGACUUAGCAGGUGCCUGUCAACUGGCCUUGGCAGGAGCACUGGCUGGGGAUGUGUUUAGCAAGGGUUCUGGUGGCAUUGUCUAUCCAAGAUGCCUCACACUGGGGCCUGGAAUGUGUGAAAGAGGGUUCUGACUUCCAGUGGUUUGGGCACAAAAGUGGGCUCUGAGUUUAAGUAGAGGGUGCCAGUUAAGCCACCUCUGCCUUGGGACUGUUAUUUAACUGAAUCAGUUACUUUCUGCAAAGUUGAAGCAGUGGCUGGGCCAGUUUUAAGGCUCUGACUGGUUCCUGUAAGCGCACAGAGGCUUCUCUGUUUCAGUGUGUUGACCUGUUACAUCUUCAGAUAUGUAAUUAAAAGUAUGUUCUGCUCUCAGGA